UGUUCUUCUUCAUCCAUUAAUAAGUAGGGUUUUUUGCAUUUGAACCUUGGAGAGUGGCAGAAGAAUACUUGCUUCAUCUUCGAUCACGAACUCCACCAUCCUAAUCCAAAAUUUGUCAUACCGGGCUCACACUAUCGCUUCAAUUCACUCUAUCUCCAUCUAACUAUCCAUUAUUGCACGCAUUCAACUUCAUCGCCUUCGUUUUGCAAUGGCGGCGGCGAGAUUCGCAGUGCUUAAGAUCACCGGAGGGGAAAUGGGUAGCAUUUUAGGGUUCAGAAGGUGGAUGCAAUCUGUGGCCCAAUCUCCUCCUCUAGCUGGGAUCGUUGACAACGGGGUUCAAUCAUCACAAUCGGUUUUACCUGAGUUCAGUUCCCAAAGUUCCUACCCUGGUGGUUCUUUGGAGCUCAUGGCUGUACCUAAAAAGAAGAUUUCAAAGCAUAAAAGAGGAAUAAGGAAUGGACCCAAAGCUUUGAAACCUACUCCUGUGAUUGUCCUAUGCAAGUGUGAUACUUUGUUCCAGUGAACAACUCUGUGGUACCUAUCAUACCUUUGAAUCUAUGAUACAACAGUUUUGGUAAAUAUCUCGCGAUAUGAGUUUGUUUUCUAGAAUUCUAGGUUCUUAUUACAUUAUCCCAGUGUUAUGGAAAGUGUUCUAGUUUCUGUUGAAAGGAAUGGGCCGGGGCCACUGAACUAGUGAAUGGUAUAGUGCGAGAGGCACAAUUUAUUUAAUGGAGGAUUAAAGUUGCAAUGCAACUAUAUCUUAAGAAACAGAACCGGGGUGAGGGGUUGCAAAUUGCAAUUUGCCUACAUGUCAUGUUUAGGUUUCUCCUGUAUUCUUCGUGUGAAGUAUUGUGCAUAGUGAUGCUUACCAAGUAUAUGUCCACAUAGAAUUAUACAUUAUAGCGGAAAGAGCAGUCGAUUUAAAUAUACGAAUUUUCUGGCCAAGAUAUUAAGUAAUUAGAGCUAAAUUGAGAUUUCAAGUAAAAUCUAAAGAGUAAGUUAAACACGUAAAAUAUGAAACUGUAACAAAAUUUAAAUCGUAAAAUUGUCCUACCUAGUAGAAAUUUUUUAGAAUUGGUUGAUUCAUUUAAGAUUUAAAAUCAGAAUUUCAGCUGUUAUGAUUAGAGCAAAAGGUCAAAUAUUUUGUGUUUUCG